AUGUUCGUCGCUUCCCUUGUGACCCUCGCGUCCUUCCUCGUCAGCCAGGUCGCCGCCCACGGUGGUGUUACCUCCUACAUCAUCAACGGCCAAACCUACCCAGGAUGGCAACCAUACAACUCACCCAACGGCCAGCGCUCCAUCGGUCGCCCCUACAGCUCCUAUGACCCCAUCAUGAACGCCAUGGACUCCCGCAUGUCCUGCAACAACAACGGCCAGCCCUCUGGCGGCCAGCUCUCCGCCAACAUCCGUGCUGGUGACAAGAUCACCGCCCGCUGGGGACAAUGGACCCACGCCGAGGGCCCCGUCAUGGUCUACAUGGCCCGCUGCCCUGGCUCUUGCAACAGCGCCAACAGCAACAACCUCGAGUGGUUCAAGAUCGACGAGGCCGGUCUCCUCUCCGGCUCCUUGGCCCGUGGCCAAUGGGGUAACGGUAUCGUCCUCAAGGACCUCGUCUGGACCUCCACCAUCCCCGCCGCUCUCGCUGACGGUGAAUACCUCAUCAGGCACGAACUUCUCGCUCUCCACCAAGCCAACACCCCUCAAUUCUACCCCGAGUGCGCUCAGCUCAUCGUCACUGGUGGCGGCGGAAAGCUCCCCUCUGGCCAAUACCUCACUCGCUUCCCUGGUGCCUACUCCAUGUCCGACCCCGGCGUCCGUGUCGACAUCUACAGCCAGAACGCCCCCAACAUCUUCGAGUACAAGGUUCCCGGACCCCCCGUCUGGAACGGCCAAUAG